AUGGUAGAGGGAGGAGACAUCCAGCUAAACAGCAGGGUGUCCACAGAAUCCAUCACCUUCAUGGAGAAGACAUGGACAAUAGGUUUGACUCUUUUUUUAACACUCUGUCUGGACAUACCAGGGGUCGGAGGACGUAAGGAGGGGACUCAUGGCGAGAACGCUCAGAAACGUUCCUCGCGAUCUUCCGAAACAAAAGGAGGCCGUUGCUCCUACACUUUCAUUGUGCCACAGCAAAAACUGACAGGUGCUCUGUGUUUGAACACACAGUCGUCCUAUACCAACCAGUCGGAGGUGGCAGCGCUGCGGGCUGAGCUCAAGCAGCAGCAGGAGCAGAUGGAGAAGCUCCAGGGCAAACUGGAGCAGGAGGGGUCUCUUGCCAUGGAUGUAAGAGCCCUGCAAAAAGAAAGUAGCAGCAUGAAUUCACGCAUUGCCCAGCUCUACGCCCAGCUGCUUCAUGAAGUCAUACACAAGAAAGACCACGUUUUGGAGCAGCAAAGGGUGGAGACCCUCCUGCUAAAUGCUACAACACAGGCACUGCAGGUGUCCAGUAACUACAGGGAACUGGAGAAGAAAUAUGGAGUCCUCACCUCCAUGAUGAGCUCCCAGAACCAAAUCAUUGCUCGCCUGGAGAAGCAGUGCCAGAGCAGGGACACCACACAGGCUCCUCUGGUGACAAGUAAACCACCAAAAAGCCAGCCUAAUCUGGAUCGUAAUUACAGCUCUGAAGCCAAAGAAAUUACCAAUGAUGUUCAAAGGGACCAAAGUGCUCUUCUACCACAGCAGGAAAAAACAGUUUUAUCCCUCAACACCACUACAGCCAACACUCCUACAGACCCUUCCUUCAUUAGUUUUCCUGUCACAAAGACACCAGGGCCGUGGCGGGACUGCCAGCAUGUCCUGGAAUCAGGGGAGACCACCAGCGGGAUCUACCUGCUCCGACCACAGAGUGCCAACCGCCUGCUGCAGGCCUGGUGUGAGCAGAGUCGAGAUGAGGGAGGGUGGACGGUCAUCCAGAGGAGACAGGAUGGCUCUGUAAACUUCUUCAGGACUUGGGAACAGUAUAAGCAAGGCUUUGGGAAUCUAGACGGAGAGUACUGGCUCGGCCUUGAACACCUCUACUGGCUGACUAAACAGGCUAAGUAUAAGCUUCGUGUGGCUAUGGAGGACUGGCAGGGCCGGCAGGUUUAUGCUGAGUAUGACAGCUUCCACCUGGAACCGGAGAGCGAUUGGUAUCGACUGCGGUUAGGACAAUACCAAGGCAACGCAGGGGACUCCCUCUCAUGGCACAACAACAAGGCUUUUACCACUCUGGAUCGAGACAAGGACAGCUAUACAGGUAACUGUGCUCAUUACCAAAAAGGAGGCUGGUGGUACCACAUGUGUGCCCACUCCAAUCUGAAUGGUGUGUGGUAUCGGGGCGGACACUACCGCAGCCGCUACCAGGAUGGGGUCUACUGGGCCGAGUUCCAUGGAGGGUCCUACUCCCUCAAACGAGUUUCCAUGAUGAUCAAACCCAAAUAACAUAGUUGCAUUAUAAAUAAGUAAGAAGGACAUAAUGAUGAACUGAUGCAGAUAAAUGUAGAGGGCCUAGAGAAUAUAUUUCAGUGUUAUCCCUGUACAGUGUUGAGCCAGUGUGUUUGAUAAAAAAUGUCUUUAUUUGUUGAAGAGGCCACUGAGUAACGUGUGUGAAUCAUGUUCUGUGUUGACACAUCUUUCCGUUAUUGCAAUUUCCUGACAACUUGAAUCUUUCAAUUCAAUUUGCUCUGUGCUUUUUAA